GUGCAGGAGGACAUUUUAAUGUUUUUAUUCUUACAGGCUGUGUAAACUGCACGCGUUUUAUUUUUAUUAGUAUCGCGUAUUUAGUCUGGUUAUAGUUAAUCCCUUAAAGUUUCAUAGGCUCCAUUAGUGAGAUAUCUUGAAGUUAUUUCAUUCAUUUGCACAAAUGAAACCUCAGUAGAAAAUAUACAGUCCAAAUUAGAUGGGUAGGUUUCGUGCAGGAGAGGCGGAAAACUAAGGUGGCUUAUUAAUUUCGAAGACAGUGAAGUAAUAAAAUCGAUUCAGAAGCAUGACACUACAUUUUACCUCUAGAAACAAUGAUACUCUAAUACGACGCAGGGUCCCAAGUAAAUAAUAUCUUCCUGCAAACAUGCAGUGGCUGUAUUCUGUCCAAAGGCAGCUGUUUGAUGGGUAUCAGGAUGUCAACAACAACCGGAUUAGUGCUGCUGCAGCAGUCCUCAUAGACAGUUGGCAGAGUGAACCAGGGAAUACAUAUUAUCCAUCCACUGCAAUGAAAUCAAUCUGCCCCGCGCAAGAGAAGCAUUUCAGUAGGUGUGAAUUGCUGGCUGUAAUCAUGGGCAACCAGCUGACUGAUAUCGCUCCCAACACGCCGUUCCUGCCAAGCUUCCAGUCGCUGCACGUGGUGGUCAUCGGCCUCGACUCAGCCGGCAAAACCUCCCUGCUCUACAGGCUCAAGUUGAAGGAGUUUGUGAAAACAAUCCCCACAAAGGGCUUCAACACAGAAAAAAUCAAGGUGGCAGUGGGGGCGUCUCGGGCCAUAAACUUCCAGGUGUGGGAUGUGGGCGGGCAGGAGAAGCUGCGCCCACUAUGGAAGUCUUACACCCGGCGGACGGAUGGUAUGGUGUUUGUGGUGGACUCCACGGAGCUGGAGAGGAUGGAGGAGGCCAGAGUGGAGCUCCACAAGAUCACCCGAACCUCGGAGAACCAGGGGGUCCCUGUGCUGAUCCUGGCCAACAAGCAGGACCUGGAUUCAGCCUUGUCUGUCAGCGAGGUGGAGAAGCUGCUUUCUGUCCACGAACUGAGCAUGUACACGCUGCAUCACGUGCAGAGCUGCAGCGCUGUGAACGGUCAGGGACUCCAGCCGGGCCUGGAGAAACUGUAUGAGAUGAUCCUGAAGAGGAAGAAGAUGGUGAAGCACAACAGGAACAGAAAGAGAUGAACUCUUGGCUCACACUGUGGACAUUACCUCAAGAGAUUUAUCCACUGUUGAGACACUUCCAAGCUUAAUGGUCCCUUUUAAUGGGAAAGCGAUCUGUGCCAACAAAACAACAAUUACACACGGCCUUAGGGUCGGGAGAAAUGGAUUUGCUCAUAAUAAUUGAAACAGUAUUGACAUAUUCUUUGUUCUGCAAUCGUGCAGCUGUCCUUUGAAGGCUUAAGAUACAGAUUUAAAGAUUUAAACCUUGAUAGCAGUUAGUUUCCACUAAGUGCUUUUCCACUCUUGUUUAAAAGAUUUCUAACAAGACGUUUGCCUGUUAAGUGUAGGACUAAUAUAUGAGCACAUUAACAUCCAUGUGGCAGGUACUCGGUGCAGAAAAAUCUAGAAUAAAAUUUAAAAUGUCCUUAUAUUCCUUCACAAGUUUGCACAGAUUAUACCCAACUAAACAGCUGUUUUUGUUACACAAUAUAUGGAUACUUCCCAGAAUAUUUAUUCCACAUUUUUGUGUUUUGUGCUGGACAGAAGGACUUGUGGUGUUGGAGCACCACAUUCUAUUAAAUUUCAUUGCCAUGGAACAGUUAUCCCAAGUGCAUUCCCUUCAUGGCCACAGAGGUUAAGUUUCAUUUACUAUAACAAUAGUGUUUAUACAAAUUGUACAUUUUUGUAACACUGAGGACUUAAUAAAACGAAGCACUGUACAGAA